GUUCAGUUUUAGAGGAGGAGGAAGAGCGUGGAGUUGCUCACAUAGUUGAGCAUCUAGCUUUCAGUGCCACCAAGAAAUAUACAAACCAUGAUCUUGUCAAAUUUCUUGAAAGUAUCGGGGCUGAGUUUGGUGCCUGCCAAAAUGCCGUUACAUCUGCUGAUGAAACUAUUUACGAGUUAUUUGUUCCUGUAGACAAGCCUGAAAUAUUAUCCCAGUCCAUUUCUGUUUUGGCGGAGUUCAGUUCUGAGGACAGGUUCGUGUAUCAGCAGAUGACUUGGAAAAAGAAAGAGGUGCGGUACUAGAAGAGUAUAGAGGAAGCAGAAAUGCUAAUGGAAGGAUGCAGGAUGCUCACUGGGUUCUCAUGAUGGAAGGUUCAAAAUAUGCUGAUCGUUUACCCAUUGGGCUCGAAAAGGUGAUCCGUACAGUUACCCCUGAGAUUGUGAAGCAAUUCUACAAUAAGUGGUACCAUCUGCAGAAUAUGGCUCUGAUUGCUGUUGGAGAUUUUCCAGAUACACAGGGUGUUGUAGAGUUGAUAAAGACUCACUUUAAUAAUAAGACUCCAGCAGUUGAUCCCCCACGGAUACCGCAGUUUAUAGUCCCUUCACACGAGGAGCCACGUUUCUCAAGCUUUGUGGAAUCUGAGGCAGCUGGGUCAGCAGUAAUGAUCAGUUGUAAAGUUCCAGUUGAUGAGCUGAAAACUGUGAAGGACUACAGGAAUAUACUUGCUGAAUCAAUGUUUUUCCACGCAUUGAACCAAAGGUUCUUUAAAUUAUCCCGUAAUAAGGACCCCCCUUACUUUUCGUGCUCAGCUGCUGCUGAUGUUCUUGUUCGUCCAACUAAGGCCUAUAUAAUGACUUCAUCCUGCAAGCAAAAUGGGACUACUGAGGCACUUGAAUCGAUGUUGAUGGAGGUUGCUCGGGUUCGUUCUCAUGGGUUCUCUGAUCGGGAAGUAAAUGUUGCCCGUGCUCUUUUAAUGUCAGAGAUUGAAUCAGCCUAUCUAGAGAGAGAUCAGAUGCAAUCUACUAGCUUACGGGAUGAAUACAUACAACAUUUUCUCCGAAAUGAACCUGUUGUUGGGAUCGAGUAUGAGGCCCAGCUACAUAAAACUCUUUUACCCCAAAUAUCGGCAACUGAGGUAUCCAAAUAUUCAGAGAAUUUUAGGACAUCACGUAGCUGUGUCAUAAAAACAAUUGAGCCUCGAGCAGCUGCAACAGUGGAUGGUUUAAGAAGGGUUGUUUCAAGGGUUAAUUCUUUUGAACAAGAAAGACGUAUUUCCACAUGGGAUGAUGAGCGGAUCCCCGAAGAAAUUAUUAGUGUAGAGCCAAAUCCAGGUUCUGUGGUGCAGCAGUUUGAGCAUUCCAGUAUCGGUGCCUCUGAGCUGAUUCUUUCAAAUGGCAUGCGAGUUUGCUAUAAGUGCACGGAUUUCUUUAAUGAUCAGGUUCUUUUCACUGGUUUCUCAUAUGGGGGGUUAUCUGAACUCGAAGAACAUGAAUAUUUUUCGUGUUCUAUGGGUCCCACUAUUGCUGGCGAGAUUGGCGUAUUUGGUCAUAGACCUUCAGUGCUAUCAGAUAUGCUUGCUGGUAAAAGAGCUGAAGUAGGUACAAGUCUUGGAGCAUAUAUGCGAAGCUUUUCUGGAGAUUGCUCACCUUCAGACUUGGAAACUGCCUUGCAGUUGGUCUACCAACUUUUUGUGACAAACUUGCAACCAGGGGAAGAGGAUGUAAAAAUAGUGAUGGAAAUGGCCGAAGAAUCUGUUCGUGCUCAAGAGAGAGAUCCUUACACUGCAUUUUCUAACCGUGUGAGGGAGAUCAAUUAUGGAAAUUCCUAUUUUUUUAGGCCAAUAAAAAUUGGUGACCUGAGGAAAGUUGAUCCAAUGAGAGCUUGUGAAUAUUUCAACAAUUGUUUCAAGGACCCAUCAACUUUCACUGUUGUCAUUGUCGGAAAUAUUGAUCCUUCCAUUGCUUGCCCUCUUAUGCUGCAGUACUUGGGAGGGAUCCCAAGACCUCCUGAGCCUAUUAUGAAUUUCAAACGCGAUGAACUCAAAGGCUUGCCAUUUACUUUUCCUUCCACUGUAAUUAGGGAAGUUGUUCGGAGCCCCAUGGUGGAAGCUCAGUGCUCGGUUCAGCUGUGCUUUCCGGUUGAGCUUAAGUAUGAAAAUAUGAUGGAAGAUGUUCACUUGACUGGACUGGUGAGCAAGCUCCUUGAAACAAAGAUGCUACAAGUCCUUCGUUUUAAGCAUGGACAGAUUUACUCAGCUGGAGUUUCUGUUUUUCUUGGCGGUAACAAACCUUCAAGAGAAGGUGACAUUCGGGGAGAUAUAAGUAUUAAUUUUUCUUGCGAUCCCGAUAUCUCGUCAACUCUGGUUAGUCUUGGUUUGGAUGAAAUCCAACGUCUUCAAGAUGAGGGACCUUCAGAUGAUGAUGUUAUAGCCAUCCUAGAAAUUGAGCAAAGAGCCCAUGAAAAUGGACUGCAGGAAAACUACUAUUGGUUGGACAAAAUUCUGCGGAGCUACCAGUCAAGGAAUUAUUCUGGUGAUGUUGGUGCUUCAUUCAAGGUUCAAGACGAGGGGCGUACCAGAGUAAGAAGUAGCCUUUCACCAUUAACAGUGCAGUCAGCAUUACAAAGAAUUAUACCAUGUCCUUGCAAAAAGCAGUAUACUGUAGUGAUCCUAAUGCCCCAGUUACCCCUUUUCAAGAGGUUUAAAUCACUCCUUGGCUCCAAUGAUGCUAAGAUUUUGGUUGGCAUUGCCAGUAUCACAGUUUUGGCUCUUGGUGUAUGGAGAUACUCUCGAAGAGAAACAAGAUCAUAGGAAUGGGCAUGCACAUAUAUGGGCUCGAUUAUCCUUACGCAAAAUGGAAGAGUAUGAUUGGACCUGUAAUGCUUUUGUUCUUCAUUCCCAUUGAAGAAACAAAGAGCGCUCUUUAUCAGAGUCUCAGAACGCGAUGAACAUAUCUCUAGUCAUAUUGCUUACUCAUUAGUUAUAGGCGCUCGAUUUGGACGCCACUGUGGCUGAGUUUGACCUCUGCAGUGCAUCCAUCCCUGCCUACAUUUUCGGCAAAGCUUGAACCAUUGAUUUAUGUUUAGUAUUUGUACCAAAGAGAGGUGAUAAGAAUUAUUGAGGUAGGUAAGAAUUGUGAAUGGUGAAGAGUUGGAACUAAAUUUUCGGUGAAGCUAAAGAAUAAACAGUAAUAUUCUCAUGUUGCA